AUGUCGACAACCCGCCUACCCAACAUUCCAUCCCUCCGAAAACAGCAGCUUCUCCUGGAAUUUGCAAGCUUGCAACAUGCAGCCCCUCCGGGCACCUACGUGAGCCUCAGUCCCGGGGACCCAACGCUCUGGUCUGGCGUCAUAUUUGUCCGCUCGGGCCCUUAUGCCUCCGCCGUCCUGCGUUUCCAGAUCCGCUUUCCCGACUCAUAUCCCAACAUGCCACCCAUGGUCAACUUCGCGACCGACCUCUUCCACCCCCUGAUUGUGCCUCUUACUACUUACACCUUCAGCACGGGCGCCUCAACCGAAGACCCUGUCAGCGCUACCGACGAUGAGCGCCUCCCACCCGGCGGAUUCAGUCUCCGACACGGGUUCCCCCACUGGUUCGGUCGGGCCAAACGAGGCGGAGCCAACCCAUCGACCGCUUCGUCUCGCGCCGUGAGCGUGCGCAAUUCGACCAUCAGUAACACUACCGGAGGCGGAGGUGGGAAGAGACCCGAUACGCCGGCCAGCAAAGGGCUUGGACCGGACAAAGACCAUGAAUCCACACCCACCUCGCCCACAGCCCCGUCUAUAGACGAGACCGAGCCUACGUCGCCGCUGGUGGAUGGACGCCCAACAAAACCGAGGAAGACAGUCCCCGUCGCAGUGCUUCUCGAAUACAUCCGCUCGACCUUCGACGAUGCGGAUGUUCUGGACUCCUUGCCGCUGGAGGCGGCCGCGAACCCGAGCGCGUGGCAUGCGUGGAAGGCUCAUCGUAAGGGAAACGCUGGCAGCGCCACCAUCACAACCGCUGGUAUCUCGGUCGAGUCGAUGAAGAAGGCCGGAAGCCCGCAGGCCAGGCUACCUGGGGAUUGGCAUUGGGAUGGGAUCUGGGUGCGACGCGUGCAGAGUGAGAUCGAGGCGAGUGUUUCGGAUUUGACGUUGUAUGGGGCUCCGCGGGGAGGCACGGAUGAGAUGAUUCGCUUCUCGCGGAUGGAUGAUGCUUCGCUUGCUUCGGUGAAGGAGAAGAUUAUUUCCACGGAGGAAGGGGAUGCAUGAAUACAAUUCCACCUAGAUGCUUCGAUAUACCCAUGGUUGUAUCAUUAUAGUCAGUUGAGCUGAUAUAUAGACUUACCUUGC